AGCAAAAGGGAAUUUUCUUUUAGCCUAAUGACAAUGCUGAAAAAGGAGAGUAUCACUCUGCUGGAGGUGAAAACCGCAGUUAGACCAGUUAGAAGAGAGGAGCGAGGGGAAAAAGAGUUCAGACGCUAAACACAGACGGACAGCAGAGAAGACAAUAUGACCAUGGUCACUUUUGUAAUUUAUUUGCACAUAACACUUAACCUUAUCAUUCUGGAAACAGGACAUGCUACGGAGAAGGAUACCAGAGUUCUGGGAGCUACAGCUCCUGGAGAUAUCAUCAUCGGUGGAAUCUUUCCCAUUCAUGAAGAUGUAGACAAAGAGAACAACUCAUUUGGCCCGCAACUACAGCCAUGUGUCAGGUUAGAAGAAAGAAGCCUGGUGAGGGUGCUGGCUAUGAUCAAUGCUAUAGAGAUCAUGAAUGAAUCCCCUCUGCUGGCUGAUGUUAACAUCACUCUGGGUUACCGCAUUAUGGACUCCUGCUCUGAUGUCAGCACAGCUCUAAGAGCCACAGCAGACUUCACCCAGUGGACUGACUGCUACACCCGAAGCAACACUUAUGGGCAGCCAGUCAUGGCUGUUGUAGGGGCCUCCUUCUCGGAAAUAUCCAUCGCCAUUGCCAGGCAACUGACUCUCAAAAUGAUUCCUCAAAUCAGUUAUUCAUCAACUGCAGUUAUUCUGAGUGAUAAGAGCCGCUUCCCUGCAUUUAUGAGGACCAUUCCUAAUGAUGAGCAUCAGACAGCUGCCAUGGUCAGUCUGCUCAUCACCUAUGGCUGGAACUGGGUGGGAGUAGUUACAACAGAUGGAAAUUACGGCCAAUCAGCUCUUGACCACUUUGUGUCCCAGGCCUCUGAAAAGGGGAUCUGUGUGGCCUUCAAAUCAAUCCUACCUCAAUCUGUAACCAGUCACGAUGUCUGCUCUGCUAUCAUGCAGACUGCCAGAACCAUCUGCAAGAAUCCCAAGGUACAGGUGAUUGUGUCUUUUGCCAAGCCGACUCACAUGAUGCACCUUUACCAGGAGCUUAAGAAUCAGACGCUGAGUGCAGGACAGAACAUGGAGACAAUGAGGAGAGUCUGGUUGGCCAGUGACAACUGGUCUUCUUCCAGCUCUGUGAAAGGAAACAUAACUCUGGAGGACAUUGGACACAUUAUGGGCUUCACUUUCAAAAGUGGAGACCUGUCGUCAUUCAGUGAGUACUUGAGCAGACUGGAGGCAGCUGGACCUGACUACAUAAGGAAUAACACAUUCCUGCAGGAGUUCUACAUGCAUCUAAAUGCCAGUAAAUAUUCUGGAGAGACUGAGCUAGUGUCUGAAGCUGUGAACAGACUUAGAGAACAUACUCAUGCCGGCACUAUCUUCAGUGUUGAGAUGGCUGUGAGCGCCAUCGCUCAAGCAGUGGUGUCUAUCUGCAGGAGCAGAGACUGCAAAACACCGGGCAAAGUGCAACCCUGGGAGGUGCUGAAAGCUCUGUGGAUGGAGGAGUUUAAAUUUAGAAAGAAUAGCUAUAAGUUUGACAGCAGAGGAGACAUAAACCUGGGCUAUGAUGUGACAAUGUGGAGGUCAGAUGGAGGGAACAUCUAUGUUCAUAAUGUUGUGGCUGAGUAUCACCCACACAGCAACAACUUCACCCACACCAACCACAGCUCCACCCAACAGCUCCAGGACCUGAAGCAAAUCAUUUCGAAAUGCUCCAAUAGCUGCGUCCCUGGACAGUUCAAGAAAACAGCUGAAGGUCAACACACUUGUUGCUAUGAGUGCAUCAACUGUACUGCAAACUACUACUCUAAUAACACAGAUAUGGACCAAUGUCUAAACUGUGACAUAAACACAGAGUGGUCUCCUGAUGGCAGCUCCAGCUGCAUCCCCAAAGCCCUACUCUACUUCUCUUGGCAGGACGGCUUUGCUGUGGUGCUUCUAAUCUUUUCUGCCCUGGGCAUCCUCCUUGCUCUGCUGGUGUCAGCUCUGUUUCUACAUCAGCGUGACACUCCUGUUGUUAAGGCUGCCGGAGGGCCACUGAGCCAGGUCAUACUGUUCUCUCUGGUCAUCAGUGACAUAAGUGCCAUGCUGUUUGUAGGCCGUCCUAACAGUUUCCAGUGUAAGGCUCGACAGGUACUGUUUGGCAUCAGCUUCACUCUGUGUGUCUCCUGCAUCCUGGUCAAGACCCUGCAGAUCCUGCUUGCCUUCCAGGUGGACCCUGAGAUGCAGGAAGUUCUGCGGAGGCUCUACCAGCCUUACAUCAUCGUCAGCAUCUGUGUGGCCGUACAGGCAGCUACUUGCCUUUGCUGGCUGCUGCUAAAAAGCCCAUUUAAUCAUGUCAUCAGGCAUCCAACCACUCUGCUGGAGGACUGUCAUGAGGGCUCAUAUUUGGCCUUUGGGGUGAUGUUGGGCUACAUAGCUGUGUUGGCAUUAGUGUGUUUCAUCUGCGCCUUCAAAGGACGUAAAUUGCCACAGCAGUACAACGAGGCAAAGUUCAUCACCUUCAGCAUGCUGCUCUACCUCAUCUCCUGGCUGCUUUUUGUUCCUGUCUACGUCACCACUUCAGGAGUGUACCUGCCGGCUGUGGAGAUGGUGGUCAUUCUCAUCUCCAACUACGGCAUCCUCAGCUGUCAUUUCUUCCCAAAGUGCUAUAUAAUCCUUUUUAAGAAGGAACACAACACCAAGAGUGCUUUCAGGAAGAAUCUGUAUGAAUACUCAAGAAAAAACACAGACUCUGUGUCUGUGGUAACAAACUGCGGAGAAGGGAAUAGCUGCACCAGUUUUCCCACAGGCUCAAUCAAACACUGCCUCAGAAGAAGCACUAGCAUAUAAACUGCCAUUAUUGAAAAAGGGGUUAUUAGAAAUUAUUAAUAUUGAAAAGAUUAUAUAUUUACAAGAUCUGAGCCUCCAUUUCUGUGUAUUCCAAAGAAUGUAAGAUGUAUUUUCUUCUAAUGUUCCAUUUGUCCUGGGUCCUGGGUCCUUGCCCCUGCUUCCUGCAUCCAGCCUCUGGCCUGGACCUUGCCUCCUUCUUUGUACCUCCUGCCUCAAAGGCCGACCUCAUUGGUCUGGCCUCUUUUGCGAUGGCUCAU